GCAAGCCUUUACCUUUAAGAAUUUGUCCUUUACCGGGUUUCGGCCGCCCUGGCCGGACCAUGGAACGGCCGCAUGGACCUGGGGGUGACGCUCUUGCCGAGGGGACCUAUACCAGGGCUUCGCAUCGGAGAGCUGCCGCACCAGGCAGUCCGCUUGGCCCUCCACGAGUUUCGCCGCCGCGCUGUGGGGCCCGCUCGCUUGCCUGCGGCCACCUUGGAGCUGGGCGUUGGAUUUGCCGCCUUGCGAGCCCUCCGGAAGUUGCGCGAGAGAGACUCGCCGAGCCGCGCACGCAAGGUUUGGGCUGUGUGGUGCCGUCAACGCUUUCAAGAUGUGCGGCCUCUCUCUGAGUUCCCAGCGUGCCACGCGGCGCUCCGCGCUGCCACCGAGCACUUCGGAGUGCCGAAGCAGCUGGGGGAGCUCAACGUGAUUCUUCGGAGCUACGCGAAAGGUGACUGGUUGGGUCGACAUGUUGAUGAUGUGCAGAUGUUCGCCGAACCGGUGCUGGCGACGAUCUUGCAGCCGGGCGGGCUCAGGGAUGGCCUUCACUUCUCCUUGCCUCACACCUUUGAGGGUCUGGCUGCCGCACGCGCCGAUGCAGAGGCUGCAGGCUUUGGCGGGCUGCUAGGUGCCUGCCACAAUUCCGGCCGAACUACGCACGCGAGGUGCUGACGCUUUGCCACAAACCUAUCAGGUCUCAGAAAAGUGUGGCACGACCCUGUGCCUGGAGAGGGAGGCGCGCUUUCUCUAUGGGCAUGAGGUACCAGCUACGUCCGAUGGGCGCGGGCGCGUCUCCAUGACCUGGCGUUGGCUGCAUCCCAGGUACCAAGAAGAGAUUGACGAAGUGAGGGCAUGGAUGGAAGAGGGAGAAAAUG